AUGUACCCCCAGACGCUGCCGCCGUCGUACGUAAGGUUCAUCCGCAAGCAGGGCGCCAAGGAGCUUUAUGUCUAUCAAGGGAUACAGGCGCUCGCCGGCACGCCCUACGAGCACUGCGACGGCAGCGUGCCCUGCCGCUUCUUCCACCCAGGCCAGACCUGCGCGCAGCACGCGGUGUCGAUCCUGCCCCUGAACUACGAGCGCGCGCUGCGCGUGUACCUGCCUGUGUACGUGUUGCCCAUGCUGCUGGUGCACCGGCAGCAGCUGCUCAAGCAGCCGAGGCCCAUCCUCAACAAGGCCGCGUACGGCGUGGCGAGGUCGAGCCUGUUCCUCUCGCUGUGCAUCUGCGCGGCGUUUGGUGGUGCAUGCGCGGGCCACCGCAUCCUGGGCUACACGGGGCCCAGCGUCCUCGCGCUCAGCACAUGGGUGGGAGGCCUGGCGCUGCUGGUGGAGAAGAAGAGCCGCCGCAUGGAGCUGGCGCUGUACGUCUUCUCCAGGUCCAUAGAGUCCUUCGCGCGCUGCGUCGUGGAGUGGGGCUGGCUGCGCCCCCGCGCCUUCCCCGCGCGCAUGGACGUCGCGCUCUUCGCCGCCGGCUGCGGCGCCAUCAUGCACUGCUACUCCGACGGCAACGGGCGCUUCAGGGACUGCUUCCGGUCAAAGUACCGCAACCUGCUGGACUUUGUGUUCGGCAGCGACGGUGAGCGCGGCCGCGCCGCCACGGCUGCGCACAACCACUGA